UUGAAGUGCCCACCUGGAAAACAAACGCGGCACACGACGCUAUGCUUGGUGCAUUAGGAGGAGCGUUUAAGCAGCCAAUUAAUGUGUUCGCCACGUCAUCAUUUGUGAUCGUUUAUAUUGAAUGCUGUCAAUUUGUGCGGUCGUCGCGAUUAUAAUAAAACGGCUCUGUGUCGCUUGCUAAUUUGUGCAACCAAUUAUGGAAAUCAAUUCCAAGACAUUGCACCGUGACCACCCACGAUCCCCGAAUCCCGCAAUGGGCACCCGCGUGUUUAUUCAAUUCCUUGCGCCUCGUUUCGCAAAGCGAGAUUAAUUCAUUCAUUAUAUGAGUAGUAAAUUAACGGGACGGGUCGUUUAAUUAAGCGCGAUGCUAGGUUCAUCACUAAUUGCUCUAACGACUCACGCUGUGCGUUUAAUGGCCACCGGUGGGACUAUCGACCAUCUGAAUGGCUCGCUUUCAGAAGCUCAGCUCUCUCUCUCCCCUUAUAUAUGCACACACAGUAUAAGACGCGUUCCUCAUGAAGAGACCUGAACCGUUCAACAUCAUUGGCCUCGGUCAAUUCCACCAUUGGAUGAAGUCUUCCCCGAAGCAGCCGCCGUCUCUCACGAUCCUCCUGCGAUGUAACAAUUCACCUAACACCCCCCCCCCCCGCCAAACUCUCUCGCUCCAGCUGACUUCAUCGCUCCAUCUUCUUCUCGGACACGCUCCGUCUCGUUCCCUUCGCUGCCAAUUUGCAGCAAUGAUCACCAAGCAGCUCUUCGCGCCGCUCAACUCCGCCGGGCACGUCUUCUUGCUGCUUUUCCACGUUGCGGUCGCGACCUCGGCCACCGUUCUCAACGCCUUGGGCAUAGCGGCUCUGAUGAAAGCGCGGCUUCCACUCAAACAGAACCGUUUCGUGUACGUGCUCAGCACGUGCACGAGCGACCUUUGCUGCGGCGUGUCCUGGUUCUACGCCGGCAUCUUCGACGUCGACGACGCGUCGGGCAAACUCGACACGUGCUUCAUCCAGCCGUCGUUCGUCGGCGUCUCUUGCAUGUGCGUGCUCUUCUCCCAACUCGACCGCUACUACGCGAUCAAGUCGCCCUUCAGCUACGUGCAAAGGGUGACCUGGCGCAAGACGCUCGCCGCCGUAUCGCUGUGUUGGCUCUUGCCCGUCCUGCCCAUCGUGUUGAUCAACGUCGGGCCCAAGAGCUCAUCCACCACCUACCAAGUCAUCUCGACCCUGCUGACCAACAUGGCCAUGUUCGUGAUCAUGGGCGCCAUGAACGUAAAGCUAUGCCUGAUCGCCAGAAGCCACGCCAAGCGCGCGAGCAGACAGCCCAACGAACGAGACACGGGCGCCCGGAGCUCGUAUUCGGUCAUCAUAGUGGCCAUGGUGGACAUGGUACUGUGGAGCCCAUCGUACAUCUAUUUGGUGGUGUGCUUGCUGUUCAAUCUCUGCCCGCGUUUCCCCAACUACGGCCUCAACCCGAUCACCAUCCUCCGGACUCUCACAUCCAUCACCACGCCAGCUAUCAACAUCGCCUGCAGCAACGCGCUAAGAACGUCCAUCUCAAGUCUGCUACCGCGGUGGUGCAAAGCCAAUGCUCGGGUGGAUGUGAAUGAGAAUGGACAAUCUGCCAUCGACGUCAGCCCACCGCACGUGUGACGAGCCCACGUGACCCGAUUCCAUUGUCGUGCUCCGAGCACGUGGUGGGACGGUUUGUUUAUUGAGGUGACGUGUACAUAUGGCGUCGACUCUUGAUUAUUACGCUUGUAAUGCAAAAAUUCAUUCGCGUGUGUUGCAUGUUUUUGGUUCAGGUGACUCCUGCGAGCCACCAGGUGAACCUACGAAUAACCACGAUGUUCAACAGAAAAUGUUUAACAGACAAUGUUAAACGGGCGAUGCAAUCGUGAAUGUUACAGUAAGUCCUCGUUUAAAGCGGUAGAUGCGUUCCUUAGAGCGCUGCUUUGUACUCUUUGGUUCUUUCGGUAAAGUCAUGUAGGUAAAACAAAUAUAUAUCACGACGUUUCGAUCGCAACACAAGCGGUCGUCCUCGGGCGGAAAAAAAUAAUCCAGCAGUGGAACUGCUGAUUCAGCGAUGCUUUGCUUUAAGCGAAAAACGCGUUCGGCGAAGAUACAUUUUCCCACAAUUAAUGCAACGAUAAAGAUCGGCGAGUUGCGAUGCACGCACACACGGUGAGAUUGCGGGACAAAUAACUGAGGGUACGCCGCCACGUGACUGCGUCAUUCCGCCGAUUGCUCAGAAACUACGUGGUAGCAGGCCCGCUCUGCAUUUUAACGGGCGCGUUCUGCGUUCUGUAAAAAAAGUUAUUCCCUAAUGGCAGGACCGUCCUAUAGCGAAGGCGCGUUGUGUGAACACGCGUUAAGCGAGCACUUACCGUAUUUAGAAUUUCGACAAUGUAUCAGUGGUAUGGCGGUAGCGAUUCCCGUGCCCCCUGUGAUUUAACGACCAGUUCUAGUUUCAUCGUAGCGAAUUCGAUACAUUUUACAUCGUAGUGAUUGAGGCAUAUGAAUUAAAAGACGUCAACAUUUUCUUUACGUAUCAUUUUAUUUUUUCAAGCGCCAAUGACAUAGUGGGGGGUCAUGAAAGGGAGGGCGAGAGAGGGCAUGUAACAACAGAACGCGCGAUUGGCAUCUUGAGUCCACUACACCCUCGUGAUUAGGGAACGGACGAGAGCCACUGGGCCCACUGCCCUACCAUGGCAGGAGCAAUGACGGGGGGGG